UCACACUUACCCCAAGCCGCAUGAAAAAGUUGAUGAAAAAAUAGAAAAGAGUUCUAACGUUUGCUGAAUAAAAUUAUUUUUAAUUAUUAAAUACUAAUAAAAAGAACAAAAUGGCACGAAAGAAUGCACAGGCGGAGGAUCUGUCGAACGUGGAGUUCGAGACAAGCGAGGAUGUUGAGGUGAUACCCACUUUCAACGCCAUGAACCUCAAAGAGGAGCUGCUACGCGGCAUUUACGCGUACGGUUUCGAAAAACCGUCUGCCAUUCAGCAACGUAGUAUUAAGCCAAUUGUUAAGGGACGCGAUGUUAUUGCUCAGGCCCAAUCGGGAACAGGCAAAACAGCCACUUUCUCUAUUUCAAUACUUCAGAGUCUGGACACAACGUUGCGUGAAACACAAGUGCUGUGUUUAUCGCCUACACGCGAGUUGGCUGUACAAAUUCAAAAGGUUAUUCUUGCGCUGGGCGAUAUGAUGAAUGUGCAGUGCCAUGUGUGCAUUGGAGGCACCAAUCUCGGCGAGGAUAUACGCAAAUUGGAUUAUGGUCAGCAUAUUGUUAGUGGCACACCUGGACGUGUCUUCGACAUGAUCAAGCGUCGCGUCCUACGCACAAGAGCCAUCAAGAUGCUGGUGCUCGAUGAAGCAGAUGAGAUGUUGAACAAGGGCUUCAAGGAACAAAUAUAUGACGUCUAUCGUUAUCUGCCGCCAGCCACACAGGUUGUGCUCAUUUCUGCCACACUUCCCCAUGAGAUUCUGGAAAUGACAUCCAAAUUCAUGACGGAUCCCAUUCGAAUUUUGGUCAAACGUGAUGAGUUGACUCUGGAAGGCAUCAAACAGUUCUUCGUUGCCGUCGAACGUGAAGAGUGGAAGUUUGAUACCCUUUGCGAUCUCUACGAUACGCUAACCAUCACCCAGGCGGUCAUCUUUUGCAACACCAAGCGUAAGGUGGACUGGUUGACCGAAAAGAUGCGUGAGGCCAACUUCACAGUCAGCUCCAUGCACGGCGAUAUGCCGCAAAAGGAGCGUGACGAGAUCAUGAAGGAGUUCCGUGCUGGUCAGUCGCGGGUCCUCAUCACAACCGAUGUCUGGGCGCGCGGUAUUGAUGUGCAGCAAGUGUCCCUGGUCAUCAACUAUGAUUUGCCCAACAAUCGUGAAUUGUACAUUCAUCGCAUUGGUCGCUCGGGUCGUUUUGGACGCAAAGGUGUUGCAAUUAACUUUGUCAAAUCGGAUGAUAUUCGUAUUCUUCGCGACAUUGAGCAAUAUUACUCUACACAAAUCGACGAGAUGCCCAUGAAUGUGGCGGAUUUGAUCUAAAAACAAAUGUCAUUUUCAACUAAUCUAAUUUUUACACAUUGUAAAAUCAUAACUCAACUUUUUCUUAGCAGUAAACGACAAAUGAAGUAAAUAGAAUACAAUAGAAAGAGUAUUUGUCAUUCAAUACACCAUAAUCUGUAUAUGUAAUAAACACAAA